AUGUGGCAAAACUGGGAGACCCUAUCCCGGCAUCGUUUCUCCCUACACCGUCCAGUGAAAGUGACGCGCUAUUUUGGGGCCAUCCCUCGGAUUUAUUCCCGGCAGACAGUAACGACGAUGGAAUCACCGGAAAAUGACAAAACCACCCAAACCGCCGCCGCAGCCGCCGUACCUAUGUCGAAAAACGCCCAGAGGCGGCUGCUCAAGCAGCAGCGGUUCGAGCUGAAGAAGGCGGAGAAAAAAUCUAAGAUGAAGGAGCACAAGAAGAGGGAGGCGGAGCAGAAGCGGAAGGAGUGGGAGGAGAGACUGGCGAGCGUCGGGGAGGCGGAGAGAGAGCGGCUGACCGAGGAGAGGCGAAGGCGGAGGAAAGAGCACUUGGAGAAGUUGACGGAGGAGAAAGGGAAGAAGAUGGAGAGGUUGCAGGAAGCGAGGGCCAACGGCCAGAACCUCGUCAUUGAUCUCGAAUUCGUCCAUCUCAUGAGCCCCAAUGAGCUGCAAAGCCUCGUUCAGCAGGUCAUGUACUGCUAUGCGAUAAAUGGAAAAUGUGCUGUGCCGGCCCACAUUUGGCUGACGGGCUGCCUGGGAGAGGUGCAAAAUCAGCUUCUACAGAUCACUGGAUUUGAUAAGUGGUUAAUUGAAAAGGAGGAACAAUCCUAUGUAGAGGCAUUCAAAGAUCAGAAGGAAAACUUGGUGUAUCUAACAGCUGAUUCCGAAAAUGUCCUUGAUGAACUUGAUCCGAAAGAAGUAUAUAUUAUCGGUGGUUUGGUAGAUAGGAAUCGGUGGAAAGGCAUUACCAUGAAGAAAGCAAUAGAGCAAGGGAUAAGAACUGCCAAACUGCCGAUUGGAGCUUAUCUGAAGAUGUCGAGUUCUCAGGUCCUAACAGUAAACCAAGUUGUGGAGAUACUGCUCAAGUUCUUGGAAACAAGAGACUGGAAAAGCUCGUGCUUUCAGGUUAUUCCUUUGAGGAAAAGACCCGAUAAAGAAGACGAUGGUCCAGACGUAGGAAGGCUGGACAAUGAAAACAGUGUAGUGAUAGAUUAG